AUAUCAAGGAUCUGAAAUACGCUCCUCUGCAACGUUUCGUCGGAGCAAACGAGAUCUGCAACCUGCCCGUCGAUUUUGGAUGGUGCGGAGCAUUCGUACCCCGGUUCUACUUUGAUGCCAAGGAUGGAGCCUGCAAAUCCUUCGUAUACGGCGGAUGCCGCGGAAAUGAAAAUAAUUUCGAAACUGAAGAAGAAUGUCUGGAGACAUGUGCUUAG